CUCGUCGAAACGAAAGUUUAUGUACUGGUAGCAUAGCCUUUCGAUGUCUCUCUGUCGGGAAGAAUUUCCGUGAUCUGUUUCGUCGAUUCCCACGGCCGGACGGAUUUCCGAUAAAUUAUUUCACGAAUUCGUGCUUGUAUCGUGCGGGCAUUCGUCUCUCGAUCCCCGGGACACUAUCGUUCGUGUCAAAAUUGACCGCGGUUGUGUACAAUGCAUAUUGAUCUAUUCGUAGCUGUCAUUUCUACAUCGAACAAUUUCUGUUUCUGCCGCACAGAUUUGUGAAUUCCAUGUCCACUUUAACAUUACGAUGACGUUAUCCUCGAUCGUCCCGAUGUCAAAUGAAAUUCUAAAAGGAUUCGCUGAAUCUACGUCGUCAUAGAACCGUGUUCUCUUGGUCGCUAGAAAAUACGCAGUGCCAUUCCAAAGAACCAUUGCUCACAGCUGUGCUAAACUAUACAUGUUAUGCAUACUACAAGAUACGAAGUUUCUACAUCUGAGAUAUGUUAUUAACUUUUAGUAGUGUAUAACUGUUACUCCCAUUGUCACAGUAAUUCUAGACAAAAGAAGCUCAAAUGAGAUUCCAACGAGUAACAUUGCAUAGUAAUUAUUUAUAUAUAAAUUGGAGCAUACUAUGCAGAUUUGAAGUAUGAUACUCGAGUGUUAUGAGAAAAGGAGGAACAUAGCAUGAGAAAGCAUAUUAUUGAAAAUGUUACCAAAGGGAGAUAAUGCUGGUUUUCAUACGAACUUUUAGAUCUGACAUAAUGACCAAAGGAACAGAGAAAGAUUUUUAAUAGUUACAAAGAUACGCGAGGCAAGAGAAACUAUUAAUAGUGGUACUUAAAAAUGUCCUGAGGAAAAAUUGAAGGGAGAAAGAUUUUUAUUUUCACAUUUAUUAAUCUUGUAAGCGAUCUAUUCGUGUUAAGCUUUAAACCAACAAAAUGGCGAGAAAGAGUGAUAAUAUCAAGACUAUCAAUGUCGCUAUUGUUGGUCUUUCUGGUACCGAGAAGGACAAGGGACAGAUCGGUGUUGGUAAAUCGUGUCUCUGUAAUCGUUUCAUGCGUUCCUUGAACGAUGAUUAUAAUGUGGACCAUAUAUCAGUGUUAUCACAGUCGGAUUUUAGUGGUCGCGUGGUAAACAAUGACCAUUUCUUGUACUGGGGUGAAGUAAUGAAAACAUCAGAGGACGGAUCCGAAUAUCAAUUUCAAGUAAUAGAGCAUACCGAGUUUAUAGACGAUGCAUCAUUUCAGCCCUUUAAGGGUGGCAAAAUGGAGCCCUACGCGAAAAGAUGCGCGGCCACCAAACUUACCAGUGCAGAGAAGCUUAUGUACAUUUGCAAAAAUCAAUUAGGUAUAGAGAAAGAGUACGAGCAGAAGGUUUUACCGGAUGGUAAAUUAAAUAUCGAUGGUUUUUUGUGUGUAUUCGAUGUAAGCGUUGUGCCGAAUAGAGCCGUAGAGAAGCAAGUCGAGAUCGUGGCGAACAUACUGAACAGUUUGAUGAAAACCAAAAAGCCUAUCGUUUUGGUGACAACUAAAAAUGAUGAUGCUAAUGAGCAGUAUGUGAAAGAGGCGGAGAAGUUGGUGAUGCGUAAAGAGUACAAGAGUUCCAUUUUAAUAGUCGAAACCUCUGCGCACGAAAAUAUUAAUAUCGAUUUAGCUUUUAUCGUUUUGGCGCAAUUAAUUGAUAAAACCAAAACGCGCAGCAAGGUGACAGCUUUCGCUGAAGCGGCCAGAGCUAGGAAGGAACUUCUAGAUGCUUCCACGGAAUCAUUGCAGAGAUUGAUUCGAAUACAUGUCACUGAUUAUAGAUCAUUGUGGUCUCAAGCGUCCAAGAAACUAGCGCAGCACAAAGAAUUCACCGCAUUUGUGGAAUUAUUUGGUAUUGACGCAACUCAAAGAUUGUUCAGGAGACAUAUUAAGAAAUUGAAGGAUGAGCAAGUGGCAAAGAAAAUCCAGGGAUACUUGGAUAUGUUGCCCGACACUCUGCAUGAAAUAUGCCCUGAUGUAACAAACUUGAUCAACGAAGAAUGGUCUGCGGUACAACAAUACAUAAAAGAACAUCCCGAUUUCCAUCAAUAUUUCUACGAAUGUCCCGAAGAUAUCCCAUGGAUUGAUUGUGAUUUUGGUGAGAAUAAUGGUAGCAAGAUUCCUUACGACGUUUUGGAAACUCCAGAAGCCGAAACAGUCUUUAAGAAUCAUAUAAAUGUUCUGCAACAAGAACAACGACGAUUAGAACUUCCGAAAAGAUGGAAAAAGCAGUUUAAACAACUGUUGGAAGAAACUGGGUAUGUUACGCCAGGAAAACAUCUGUCCGAGGUCAGAGUACUUUUUAUGGGUAGGGAAUGCUUUGAAGCUCUUUCUCAUCAUGAUUGUCAAGAAAUAUACGACCAGCAUCAAAAAGAAAUCGUCGAAAAAGCGAAGCACAAUUUUCAAGAAUUAUUACUAGAACACGCAGACCUGUUCUAUCAUUUUAAGAGUAUAGCUCCAUCCGGCACAAUAACGCAAGACGACAUCAAAGAGAUAACGGAUGCGUUGGUGGACGAUUUUAGGUAUAAAGCUUUAGAUAGAUUGGAUCAAGAUAGAAAAUUAAUGCUUUUCCAACACCUGGGUUUUGUACAUUGCCCCAUAAGAGAGCAUUGUCCUGCUUAUCCGAAUUGCAUGGAUGCUCUUAUAGAAAGAAUACUUGGAACAAAAGCCCAUAGGCCAUCAUCUUGGAAUCACAGCAGCCAGUGGCAAUUAACAUCCGACAACAAUCAGUUGAAUUUAGUUAUACUCGGGAGUAACGGACUCGGCGAGGAAUUCGCUCGCGAGAUAAGAGCCCAGACGGAGGACGACGAGGUGGAAAUUGAUUGUCAGUUGUAUACGCUUGGAUACCGAAUAAUCGAUGGUGAUGUUGGGCUGCCGCACAAUUCGUUUACCACGUCUGACUUCAUGCCCCACGGAUCAUUCUGCAUUUAUGCAAACGAAGACUCGUUCGAAUACAUUCGUUCUUCUCUAGAGAAAACAUUACUGUCGAAUCUGGAGCAAGAAGACAGGUUGCCAUUCCAGGGAUUGCCAAUUGUCAUUAUGUUCGUGCCAGAAUCCACUAUAGAUGAAAUGGAGGCGAUAAGGCUCAGGCAGGAGGGUCAGAAUCUUGCUGAUAGUUUACAGUGCCCAUUCAUCGACGUCUGCAUUGAAGAUUUGGAGCAGGACAAAAGGUUUCCUACUGCACUCGUGAAAGACGCGCUGCAGCAACUCAUACAAUCUAUAAACCACAGAGCUGGAUUUCUAAAUAUCUACCAAAGUGUCAUUGAAUGCCUAGAGCCUGACAUUAGGAUAAUAAUGUGUACGUUUUGCGGAGAUCCUUAUUCCGUGGAAAACGUUCUCGGCCCACUGCUUAAUCAUCAAUGUUGCUUCUUGAGUGGCGAUCGCUCGAUCGUUUUAGAAACAUUUUUGGGAGAGUCGAAACGAAGAGUCGAAGUUAUAAUCUCCAGUUUUCAUGGGGCGAACGCGUUUAGGGAUGAAUUGGUCCAUGGUUUCAUAUUGGUAUACUCGACGAAGAGGAAAGCGUCGCUCGCGACUCUUAACGCAUUUUCUAUGAAUAUACCAAACCUACCCAUACAGAUCAUGGCUGUGACCGAUACUGGAGGUGCUAACGCAUUUUUCAGUAACGACUUGUGUCACUUGCUAAUCACGGAAGGAAACGCGACCGCAGAUAGGUUACAAGCACACUUUAUGACCUCGGCAUCCAGUUGCCAACAAAAAACGGCCUUUUACACACCGUUCUUCAAGGAAGUGUGGGAGAAGAAGCCAGAGAUCGAGCAAGCGUUCAAUAUGGAAGAGCCAGGUAAUUUGAAUGACAGUGGCGAAGGGACAUUAGAGUACUCUGCUCUGCAUCCUAUGCCUCCGCCGAGACACGAGAGUUACCAUCUUCAGACACCGGAUGACGGUAUGUCUGUAACUUUUAGAAGCGGCUCUGAAUCGUACGAGCAAUUAACGCCUGACGGUGAACAGUUCGCAGACAAUAGAGCCACGUCUAGCGACGACAGUGAUAUCUACAUUCAGGUAGAUUUCUGCAGAGAAGAGAGAGAAAGAGAAUUGUUGAAGUCCAGUGAUAUCGCCAACAAAUUGUCUGGUUGGGUGAAGCACACGUUUAUUCAUCAGGAUGGAGUAACUAACAAUUAUCCUCACAGAGCAUUUACUACUGGCAGACGAUACGUUUCACAACUGAAACCACGGCCAAAGGGGAACAGUCAGACGUUGAAGCAGCCUGGAAAAAUCAAUCUAAAAGACUUCUCACAUGUGACUGAUGCAAUAGCUAGAAUGACGAUAGGAGAGAAAGACGAGCACGGACCUAAAAUGACAAUGGGACACGCUCCUCUCGCUACGCCUGAGUUGGUAGACCUAGGCUCUGACUACGCCCAAGUGAAGGACGUCGUACCAAGCCUAUAUCCGUCUUAUGAUGGUGAUUAUAUGUACGCCCUCGUACAAGACUCGAUUGGAAACAAUAAGCCUAAGUUGCGCAAUAGACGUGAGAAGGGUCAAUUUUCAUACCACGAUUCCGACUCAGAACGGAGUUCCCUAGAGAAUAAGAAGCCAGCGCCGAACAAGAGAAUACGCAGAAAACGCAUCGCCAUACCUGUCGCAGCACCAAAAGUUCCGUUUUUUUCUAAUAGCAAAGUUAGCAGAGACGGUAUUGUUAGCCUGAAUUAUAAUGUUAAGGAAGAUAAGAAUUGGCAAGUGGAUCCUACAGAAAGAGUAUCAAGCGACGCGCCAGACUCGUCGGAGUCCAGCGAUCCAGAACCGACUUCAAGAUCAAGGUCGAAACAAUACAAACACAUGCCUCCUAAUCUGCGAAAGAGAUCUGUGAAUUCGUUGUCGCAGCAUCAACCCACAACGUCACAGCAUUCAUUCAACGUAAAGCAUAUGGCUCAGGACGUGUUUAGUACUUCCUCAAAGCAAAGAAGUGACAAUACUUUUGGAAGCAUACAAGAUGACGAGUCGAGCUUAGACGUGCCAUCCCCGCGAGAGACUAAUUCGCCAAGCUUUGGUAUCUCGAAUAAGAUCAAAGACGGUGACAAGUUGAACAGAAAAAAGGAUAAACAGAAGGCAAAAGAGGACGAGAAACUGGAGAAACGUCGCCAAAAGGAGGAGAAGCUGAAGAAGCACGCGGAGAAGGAGAAGGAAAGGGAAAAGAAGAAGCAGGAGAAGAUAAAGCAAACAAAAGGGCCAGGUGGCUCAUUAAGCGGAAGUCAAGCACAACAGCAGCCAUUGAUCGAAGACUUUGCCCAAAGCGAAACGAAUCGAAUACCUUUGUUCCUUGAGAAAUGUGUGCAAUUUAUUGAAGAUGAGGGUUUGGAUUCUGAAGGGAUUUACAGGGUUCCCGGAAAUAGAGCUCACGUUGAACUCCUUUUCCAGAAGUUCGAAGAAGAUGAAAACGUGGAUAUACAUUCACUGGACAUACCAGUGAACGCGGUUGCAACAGCUUUAAAGGACUUCUUCUCGAAGAGGCUGCCACCAUUGAUCGACAAAGAGCGAAUGAGCGAGCUCGAGGAUAUAUCGGGUGCUCGCGGAAUUAGCAAACCAAUGUCCGCCACAUGCAUGAACAUGGAAGAUCGAAGCUGCAGAUUAUUGGCGCUGCGUUUGAUGCUCAACAAGCUGAACCCGAUAAACUUUGAUGUACUGAAGUUCAUCUUCCAUCAUUUUGUAAAGGUGGCCGAGAACUGCAAGUUAAAUAGUAUGGACAGUAAAAAUUUAGCAAUCUGCUGGUGGCCUACGUUAUUACCUAUAGAGUUUAACGAUCUCGGCAGAUUCGAGGCGAUGAGGCCGUACUUGGAGGACGUGGUUCAAACGAUGAUCGAUCAGUAUCCUUUCCUCUUCUGCGGCGAAGAAGCUAUCGUAAUGGUGUAGUGAAAGACAACAUGAAAUCCGAGUCGUACGGCCGCAGAGUCUCGUACGAGAAAUCAGGAAGCAGUCGUCUGUCGUUACGUUGCUUCCGGUUGAAUCCAACUAAACGGUUACAAUCUUUUACGAUCACGAAAUAAUGAUCGGUCUUGCUAUAGUUUAUACUUAUUCUAUCGUAGUGCGUUCUGGCUACGACUAUAUAGAAUAAUUCUCGUGACGCAAAGGGAGGAGGAGGAGAGGAGGGGGAGGAAGAGGGGGAAAAAAUGAAGCGAAGACCGAACAAAUUAAUUUAAGUUUCGACAUACUCGUUCCAUGGCGAAGCGUGACUGGCGGGAUGAUAGAUUACGAUGGUCCUAAAAAUUACGGCCGACUUGCAGGCCCGAUAAUAACGCGAAAAUAAUAUGAAGUCAAUCCAUGUGUCAUAAACAGUAUGCAUGUAUCAUGUUGGAUGUAUUCAGAGCGAUGUAUUUAUUAACAUGUAUUUAGAUAUUUAAGAACAACUCGAUAUUUGAUAAUAGCGAAUAAUCGUAGUGGGCUCGAUGUUGCUUUUUUUUUUUUUAUCAACAAUCUUUUUCUCGUUUUGUUUUCCGUUCUUACCAAUUUUAUUAGAUAAGGAAGAAACCGAUCUGCCCGUAUGCGUGCCUAUAUAAUACGUGUGUGUGUGUAUGUGUGUGUGUACGCGCGCGCGAGAGAGAGAGAAUGAGAGUAAGAGAGACGAGAGAGUGAGAGAGGGAGCGAGAUAAGAGAGACGAAAGAUAGGGAGAGAGAAAGAGACAUGGCACAAUCCUGUAAACAGAAUACUCGUAUUCUAAAAGAAAAAGAAGAACGCGUUAACGACACUAUCACGAAACAUACACAGCGCGAGAUGUUACGUAUAAAGUUUUCCUGAUCGAAGCGCAUUUUAUAUAGCAACGAUAUCAAAACGAUGUUCGAAGUGUUUCUACGAAUUUCACCUAUUCAGAUCUACACCGUUGUUUCGCAAAAUAUUCUUUUCUUGUUCCGUUUUAACAUCUUUUUUUCGUCCGAACGCUUUGCCUACCGGAAACCUACGAAUAAGAUUCUCAGUUGAAUCGAAACGAAGCCUCAAAUCUUUCAUCUUCUUGCUAAUUCUGAAAAAUUCAUUAAAAAAAAUCCUCGAUUAAUACAUCGAUUAUUCAUUUCGAUCGAAUUGAUAUUUCCGGUAUCAGAAUCGCAGCGAGAUAAUCAAAAUCUAAAUCUUCGGAUAGUUGCGUGAAUGCAUAUUAAAUAAAUACUGGUAUGUAACUUGUUGCUUUAAAAGUUCAUUAUCUGUGAAUUAUAGGUUCCCGAAGGUUAUCAAAUAAUCGUCCGGUAGGCGAACCUGUUAAAAAAGAAUCAUUGUUGGCGACAUUUUGUUGACAAAAUCUCGUCUCGAUGCGAAUCUCUUUCUCGAACCAGUAUUUCACAAAUACUCAGUUUGACUUGACACGGCUGUAUAAGCUCGUCGGUGAUACAUAAUCCAUAAAAUAUAUCCAUUCCGUCUAAACGAUGAAAAAAAAAAGAAGAGGAAAAAAACCGAAAAAAAGCAUAAGUAGGAAGGGGGAGGGGGGAUGAUGUGAACGAGCAAAACCGUUAUACAUGUAAUCGAAACUUUUUUUUCUAAAGUCGUGCUACGAUGUUUUCGGAGGAGCGUAUAUCGUGAAGAGGGGAUUGUAAGGAUAUCGAUACGGUUCUAAUUCUUAAGAUAAAAACCACGAGGGGUCUAACCGGGCUUAUUAACGAGUUACGGGGCCCCGUUAAACGCUAAGAACAAUACUUAGACAUUUUUUCAGGUUUCAUAAUGCGAACGUGUACAUAAGAUUAUAAGAUUGUAAGCUACGAGAAGUUUAUAACGAAGAUCGACUAACGAUACUUUCGAGAUUAUUCAAUGAUCGUCGUGACAAUUUGAAGGAACCGUUUUCUUUUCUUUGUUCUACGACGGAAAAUACGGGGCGAGCCACCCUCGACGACGCGAAUUCGUAUUAUUCGUAAAUUAGUGAUCGUAUUAACAAAUGUUUCGAACAAAAGUUGUACGGUACCAGUUGCUAAAAUUCAUCGCGUGUCUCUCGAUACAAAUGAAGCAUGGUAAAAAAUCAAAGAAUCAUUUGGUAUUGUCUGAUGAUUGAAAUAUCUGUUCGCACGAUCUGCGAUGAACGAGCGAGAACUCGGUGUCGUCAGAUUGGGUGGCUCAGCCUGCAAACAUGUUUCUUGGCGAAAGAGGCGACUAAUAGACGAAGAUCCAAGCUUUCUCCUCGUUUCUAAUUGGAAGCAACAUAUAUUGUUCGUGUACCGUUUCGUUAGUAUUUAUUCCAGCGGCGUUCGCAAAGCCCGCGCAAUUACAUUUAUUUAUCGUCCGACUGUAAAAUGUUACAGUUCCCCCGUAUAGGUCGUAUAGGACGAUUCGUCGAACGUUUCCGCCAUGUUUCUCUCGUACCUGCUGCGUUACUCUUAAUUGCAAUGUGUCCGAUAAAGAGCCGUAAUUUAACUCUGUAAAUUAAUAACGAUGUAAUUUCCAUGCGUUUCCGAGGCGGGAAUGGUUCUGACGGUUCGCAAAUAAUCUCGCACAAGUUCGAGGACGCGAGUGCUCCUGCCGGAAACCGAUUCUCGGUUCGAAGAUGUCGACACGCCCGAUGGAACGGCGAACGAUUCCGAUUCGAAUCGAAACGGAACGACCGAGCCGUCAGAACCGUGAUGUAAUUAUUUGCUUUAAUAACGUAUGUAACAUAGUAAAUCGAAAAGAAACGAAAACGAUUAUGUCCGUGACGCUACGACGCGACAGGAGCGAUCAUUGUCGAAUGAGGCCAUUGUUUCUCAAUCACAGCAUACUAUUGAUUCGUCGUUAACCCUUGGACGGUCGGAUACCGGACGAUACCGAGUAAUUCUUCCUAAAUGUAAAGUGCACAUUCGCGUCGGAUGUCGAGAUACACCAACGUUGCGUAGUUAUGCCAUCGAUUUCUAGUUCGAUAUUCACCGAUCGCGUCGAGGAGCUACAAUUCGGAGGAAGAACAACGCUGGAUCGAAGCGGCCGAAACGAUCGCGACGAUCACGAGAAUCGUUCGUUGUAGACCGUCCAACGGGUCAACCGUGUCAGAUCUCUUCGUCUAUUAACGCGGAAUGUGGUCCGACACACACUGUGACUAGAUUUGUGAACCGAGCAAUUGUAAACUGUUCCCGUCAAAAGAGUUUCGAAACAUUGUAAGAUCCGAUUUUCUUUUCGCGCUUCUGCUAAUUUCUAGUGCGUCGAUAGCUUCUAUACGAACGGCUGAAAAACAGAAAAGUUACGACGAGACUCCGAGCGUCCCCGGGCUCGGAGGACGAACGCAAAAAGAAAAGAUAAGAAAGAAAAGGACGAACUUCUCCGCGAAAACCGCCUUCGCGCAGUUUCGAUUGCCGAUUCGCGAUUUAGGGGGACAGGACGCGUCGAGCAUUUCCGGCGAAAUCUGGUCACACGAUCCGACUCGAGAUCAAUUCGGGACAACGACGGUUCACGUCGGUGUGCCAUAAACGUACUUAGUGAUGUCGUGGAUCGUUUUACGAGUGGGCGCACCGUGAUCAAGAUCGGGAUCGAGGAUCGUCGUGAACGAAAAUAUAAAUGCCGGACGCGACACGGGGCUGUAGUCGGGACCGUCGACUAUGGUCGAUGCCACUCUGGCCAAGUUAGUUGUGUUUGUUUGUUUUGUUUCCUCUUUCUUUUUUGUUGAUUCGAAGAUAGAGCGAGAAACAUUCCCGCGAGUAAUGCCGACGUUACUUCCGGUCUCUGUCGAGGCCGUGUUCGACGAGAUCGGCGGCCACCAUUCGGCCCCGGAAACGGACGAACGCCGGCGGCCGGGACGAGGUCUUGCUCUUUCGGCCUCCGUCGGGAGGUCGUCCACCGUCGACGAACCCGUCCUCGACGAUCUUUUGCACUGUCGUAUUUAUAACGCAACAACGGGAUCGUUGUAAUGGUAUUUCGAUGAUUUAGAGAAAGAAUGAGACGCAAGACGGCCGUGUAAGGAAGGUGGAGGCGGACGGAGAGACGAGAAAGUCGGUGGUCGAGGAAGGAUGAACGAGACGGAAAAGCCGAAGAUGGAGGAACGGUGUCGCGACGACACUCGCGGCGAGCAGCGGAUCGUACAUUCCCGUAUUAGUCGUAAAGAAAAGAAUGAAAAAACAAAAACAGAAUUUUAUACAUUCGUACGUACAUAAUUGUAUAAUGUUAUUAAAAUAGGAAACACAAAGACGUCGAUGUUACGUGUGAGAUCUGGGAUACGGAUCGAAAAAAAAUGCUGUCUGAAUAAUAAUGACAUGAUUUCUGUCAUUGUCGCUGAAUCGAAA